CGGAGCACCUGCGGGGUAGGCGUGGCCGGCCGGAGUUGGUUGCUAGGCUGAGGGGCGCAGCCCUUCGGGUUUAGUGUUCCCCUAAGUCGUCACAGCGCAAGUGCGGAGCCCGGCGGCUCUCAGGUGCUCCGAGCUGCAGCGCGAGGGCCAUGGAGAUGAACCAAGCAGCGAGCAGGAACGACGGUGUCCGCGAGCGGGGCGGCCCGACCGGAGCUGGAAGGAGGGAGCAGAACCGAGAUGAGAGGCCUCAGAGCGGGACGAACGGGCUCCCGAAACACUCCUACUGGAUGGAUCUCUGGCUCUUCCUCCUUUUCGACCUGGUGGUGUUCGUCCUCGUGUACCUCUUGCCCUGACUGCUUUGCUAAGACAUCAAGAAUGUGUUUUCUGGAGCGAAACCUGUAUACUACAGACUUCUUGAAUAAAGAUGAUUUCCCGAAGCUGAAUUUCAGACCUCUAACCUUGCCUUAAGCUCUGACCUCCCUAAAAUUGUUCCAAGCCUGUUUUUAAUGCUUGAAUUAAUGAUUGUAGCUAAAUGAUAUAUAUAUAAUAUAUUUUUAAUAAUGCCUGUAACUUAAGUACUUAAGGGAAAUUCAUAUGGAAUUUACUCAUCCAACGCCUACUGGACCCCUCACUGUUAACCAGUCAUCAUUUUGGACACAGUGGUCAGCAACAGCAAAACAACAUUCCUUUGUGAAGCUUACUUUCUUGAAUAUUGUUGUUUUAAAAAUAUGCUAUUUUAAAAUCCUUAUUGUCUAUGGUUGGGUAGGUAGCAUUUAUUCAGAAAUGCCACAGUCCCAAAGUAGCCACUAUAAGUACUUUGGAAGCUGUUCCUUUUUGUCCUAAGAUUUGGGUAAUUAGAAAUUGGUUACUGUUGGUCUUAGUGCUAUUCAGUAUAUGAAAACUGGCUAAGAUAUUGGAGGUGGGGGCGCUUCUCCCUUUUAAUUUAAUCAUAAUAUUUGGUAAACUGUUAACUGUUAGUCUUCAGGAUAUUGUUGCAUUUGCCUGGAUAAUUUUUUGUAACUGAAGCAUCUCUAUUGGAACACAGGAUGGCACUUUUUACCAGACUGUGCGUUCGAUUUGUACCACGUACUUUCUCUAAUAAAUGUUUAGUCCUAUCACUGGA